CAGUUGUCAUCAGUGGGUAUACAACCGGGUUAGUGGCAGUGUGAGCACAACCUACCUCACUAUGACUUUCUUUCACUACUUCCUCUGUCUACUGUUGAUGGUGACAAGUUGUGUAGGAAGUACUGUCGACACAUCAGGAGACAACGUCCAAGCCGCUCAUGAUCAUACAGUAGGUCACGUCGGUAACCCACUGACAGAUGUUGUCGGCCUGGAGGUGAGUGACACUGACCCUGUCUGUCCUGACCCUGGCGCCAUCUUCCCCUGUAAUUGUACUAUGGACUAUCAUUUCAACAUGGACCUCGAUUGUUCUUACGUGGAGAGUGAAGACCAGUUGGCCCGAAUUAUGAAUGUUUCCUUCCCUACCCCUGACUUCCACAGACUGACAAUAUACGGUAACCAUAACUUGAAAGAGUUGAGGGCCGGAGUCCUGGGUGAAACUGCCACCUUCCAAGAAAUCUGGAUGAUUUUCGGCGCUCUGCAGGAGGUGGAAGAGGGCGCUCUCGCCAACAGCUAUUCCACCGCCACUGAUAUUAUGUUUACUUCGAACAGCAUAGACAAGUUUUGUUGGAACGACAUAUCGUCAUUUUCAAAUCUUCACAAACUGUCCCUCCCGAGCAACAACUUAGCGCAUAUUACAAAAAUGUCGUCUAACAGCCUUCACCUUCUCUCCCUGGGCAAAAAUGAUAUAAGGAGUCUGCCCCUGACAGCAUUCAGAGCUAUGCCUAACCUGCAAAAGAUAUUCCUGCCCAAUGCUGGGAUCGAGGAGAUAAUUCCAGACACCUUCUCCGGCCUGCACGAACUCUCGGUGGUGGAUCUUUCACACAACCAGUUGCAAGAGCUGCCCGGGGGAACCUUGGCCCUCACCAGCAAAUCACACCACGAAAUCUAUUUCGACAAUAACAACAUCGGCAAAGUGGCCGCCAACGCCUUCUCAGGUCUUAUGUCUGGUGAUAACAUGAGUUGGAACAGUAACCAGUUGACGGUGUUGGAGAGCCAGGUGUGGCGGCCGUUGCUUGACGCCGGUGUGAAGCUGGACCUACAAGAUAAUCCCCUGGGGUGUGGCUGCGACAUCUCCUGGUUGGUACUAAACGCAGACUACCUCAGCCUCAUUAAUGAUGGCACCACCUGUUCUGACGGAGAGAUCUUUGUGGAUCUCGACCCCAACUGGUUCAAAGAAAACUGUUAAGUAACUCUGGGGUCAGCGCUUGUCGAAUGUUCCUGGUACUGACAUGAUCGUCGAGGUUUGAGUUCUGGUUACAGCUGUCCUCUUGUUGGAAACUUUGGCCCAUUGGAUUCCUCUGAUGCUUCAGUGUCAACCAACUCUCAUUCAGAGUAGGAACUUCAUGUAACCCAAGCAAGACCCCCUAACAUCCUGUGCAUUCCAACUAGGAGAAACUACUGAAUUACCACCAUAAAUGGCUGGAUGGCUAGUUACUUCCACAAAGAGAAGACCUCAUCAUCGUCAGUAGCUAAAUGAGUGAACAUUAUAACACUGCCCAUGGUCCAGCCUUCCCACUCUCACUUUGGUCAACGCUGAAUUUUUAUUUACUUUUUUUAAUAAACACUGGAUGAGCUUUCAAAUGAACUGCCUCGUUUUUUUUUUGGUUGUCUUAGAAAUAAAUGAAUACACCA